GCCUCCUCCAACCACUUCAACAAUCUCCCCAUCUCAGCUGCAUCCGGAAGUCCUAUCCUUAGUAUCCUGUCCAUUCCAAAGCUACCCUCCCUCGUUCCUGAACGGGUAGCUCGUCGCCCGACAUUCCUCCCGACCUCCCUCCAUCAAACCAUGAUCGUCGCCCUUUCGAGGGGUCCACUGGCUGAACUUCACGAGCUUCACGCUGGCUGAGCGGCACAGGCCCCUUGCUUCUUCACCGGCAUUGAUUGGCCGCCGGAGUCGGUGCAUUAUCGUCCUGCAGAGCUUAUCGGGACUGCAGUGUCUUGUCUGAUCCUCCCACCUUACUCUCCACUUCCCACGACAGCCCCUAUCAUGUCUACCGCCUCCCCGAAACCGUCUCCCAGGCCGUCCCCGCGCCCCUCCCUUGACGAAGAGCGUCCGGAGACCCCCUCCCAGUCGAGUACCGAGCAGACCUCCCAGACCGACAAUAGCCCCCGCAGAAAGUCCAUCCAAUUCAGCGUCGCCUCGGCGGCCGAACCACAGCCGGAGCAGCAGCGCUCCUCCAGCGCGUCCGGUCGACGACGACGGGUGUCACAGCCCGACGUGCCGGAUCGGGAGAAGGACAAAGACCGCAACACUGGUCGGGGGGUGUCGCCUCCACCGCCCAAAACCUACGAACGUGGCGUCUCGUUCAACACCUUCGACAACCCCGAUGCAGCCGACUUCUCCCUCACGCUGAACUACAAGCACAAGGGAUACCAGUGCACGCGCCGCAGCCGGACGUUCCUCUGCGGGACGGACCAGAACGACUACUCCGACUUUGCGCUGGAAUGGCUCAUCGACGAGCUGGUGGACGACGGCGACGAGAUCGUCUGUCUGCGCGCUGUGGAGAAGGACUCGAGCAUUGCCAGCGAUGCGGGCAUCGAGGCGGGGAAGCAUCGCCAGGAGGCGGAAAAGCUCUUUGAACAGGUGAUCCAGAAGAACAGUCAGGACGAGAAGGCCAUCAGUUUGGUUCUGGAACUGGCUGUCGGGAAGGUGCAGGACAUAAUCCAACGAAUGAUCCGAAUCUACGAACCCGCCGUCCUCAUCGUCGGCACCCGCGGCCGCAGCCUCGGCGGCGUCCAAGCCCUCCUCCCCGGCUCCGUCUCCAAAUACUGUCUUCAGCAGUCCCCGAUCCCCGUAAUCGUCGUCCGACCGUCGCCCAAGCGCGAGAAGAAGAAAAAGAAGCGCAUGGCGGACCCCACCCGCCGCAGCUACAACCACAUCCUGGAGAUGAGCGAGCGCCGCGGCAGCCACAUCUUCGACCGCAAGUCCAGCGCCGAGAGCAGCACCGCGCGACUCCCCGACGAGGAAGCCGCCGUCGCUGCCGCCCUGGGCCUCCCUCCGUCUUACCAGAACUCGCGCACCUCGCUGUCUACGUCCGAGCGCAGCGGCAGCGUCAGCCACGAGGACGCCAGCUCGACUGGAGAGUCACCCGACGCUGCAGUGACUAGCCCGCUACCUGACAGUGUGGAUAACACGGAGUCGGAGGGUGAGAGCGAUGCUGAUGAUGAGAAGGAGAAAGAGAAAGAGGACCAGCCGGUCUAUUCGUCGAACCCUAAUAUCCCGUUGAUUGUCACGGGGGAUGACACGACUGAGCAGAUAGACACUAGAUCCAUAGACCCAUAG